AUGAAGUUUGGGAAAUACUUAGAAGCCAGGCAACUGGAACUGCCUGAAUACAAUAGUCAUUUCAUCGAUUACAAGGCUUUGAAAAAACUCAUAAAGCAACUAGCAGUGCCGCUAACUCAGGCAUCUUCCACUGAUCAUUUGACCUUGGAUGACAUUGAUGAAUCGACCAUUUAUCAGAGAUUGCAGGAAAACAAGGCGUCUUUUUUCUUUAAGCUGGAGAGGGAAUUGGAGAAAGUCAAUUCUUAUUAUUUGGAGAAGGAAUCUGACCUCAAGAUCAUUUUUGACAUAUUGCAAACCAAAUUCAACUCUUACAGGGAGCGUGGACAAUUGUCAUCUAAAAAAUCAGUGUCCUAUGGUAAUAUUCUGUCAGGGUUCAAAAAGUUUCAAAGAGAUUUAGGUAAUUUAGAGCAAUUCAUUGAGCUGAAUAGAACCGGCUUUGCCAAAGUACUGAAAAAGUGGGACAAAAGAUCUCAUUCUCAUCAGAAGGAGUUUUAUUUGGCUACUGUGGUUGUGGUGCAACCAAUUUUUACAAGUAGCGAAGUGUCCAAACUAAACGACGCAACUUUAGGCAUUUUGGAUCAAUUAGACGGCGUAAGCAAGGAAGAUGCGCCUGAUUCAUAUGGCUCAGAAAUAAAUCGAAGAAGCACGAACACGCCUAUUGGGUUUAUUCCUUCUCCAACUUCGAGAUUAUCAUGUCAACAGCUUAUUGUGGGUCCUAAUACACCGGUGGUCCUUGAUCUGGACAUCGAAAUAGAGAAUUGGUUUCUGGAGAUCGUAAACAUUUCAAAGUUGAGAGAUGAGAAUAAGAAAUUCAGUUUGCUAAAGGAGUUCUUCAUGACGAAGAUGAAAGAUGUUAUUGACGACGCAAUCCCUCAAAGUAGAAUUGAUAAAGGUGUGGUUCUGAAAGACUGCUUGACUAGGCUUUUCCUCCUGCUGGUAGGCAGUAGCACAAUAGAUGAUGUGUCGCUUCAUGUUUUCUAUACAAGCACGAGAAAUAAUAUAGAUCUGUCGUACUGCGAUGAAAGUGACCAGGUUUUCUCCCGCAGAAAUGUUUUCCAUGAGGCAGGAAAUUGCAGCUCACAUAGCCGUAUCUUUGUCCUACGUGAGGCAUUGAUAAUGACAUCUGCUAUGCAGUCCGGCGAUUUGCCAUUCCUCAAGAAAGAUAAUUUGAAGGUUUUGCUUAACGCGCAAGAUCUGUAUUCACGAACUCCACUUCAUUAUGCGGCAGAGCUGGGUAAAUUGGAGUUUGUUAAGCUGCUUAUUUCUUCUAAUCUUUUGGAGUCCGUAGAUGUUCUGGAUAACCAUUCACAGACUCCGUUAAUUCUAGCUAUAAUCAACAAUCACACAGAAGUGGUUCGUGAACUGCUGGUUAAUGGCCAUGCUGCUGCAUUUCCGGACGUGGACGAGUUUUCCAAACCACAGUUUGCACCUUUGAUAGUUGCAUGUUACCACAAAAACUAUGGAAUCGCAAAGAUGAUCUUAGAACAAGGACAUGCGCUCUCCCCAAAGCUCAGUGAUGCUAAGGGUCUUGGAACGCUACAUAUUGUUGCCAAGGAAGGGGGUCCUGCCGAAUUGAUAGAACUUCUUGUCCGUCACGGUGCUGAUCCUAAUGGUGUCGAUAACUUCAACGUUUGGACUCCUAUAUUUUACGCUAUUCAAGAAGGACAUGCAGAGACUGUGAAAGUGCUUUUAAAAUAUGGAGCAAGGUUAGACAUUACAGAUGAGCACGGCUUGGGACCACUUUAUUACGCAAUUUGGGAGUCGCAUGUCGAUGUUCUAAACGUUUUAAUGGAGAACUUAACCAUCAUACAAAACGGCAAAGAACCUGUCAAUUACUUACCAAUAAUGACUACGAAGCCCAGGAGCCCUUCAAGCUCCUUGCAAGACAUUCCUGACUUUGCUUUGCCACCUCCAAUCAUACCAUUAAGGAAAUACGGUCAUAACUUUUUGGAGAAAAAGAUCUUCGUAAAGCUUAUCAUGAAGCCUGGGAAUGGUUCGAUUCAAUUUUUGAAGGAGGAUGAAAUGAUCCUUUCCUCUCCCGGAAGAAUUACCUUAACAUCUAACUUGGCCGAAAUUAUACCGAGAAACAUAAUUCUCCCAAUUUCGGAAGAAGAGGAACGUGAAGUUGCGUUUCAGGUUGAUUCGAUUGAAAAUUUCGCCAUAGAUUUUGAGAUAUUUCCAGCUUACGGGACGAGAAUUAUAGCCAAGACGACAGCGAUGCCAAAUUUGUUUAAUCUCGAAAUGGCCAAUGGGACUUCUAGUACAUCGUUACCGCUCUUCGAUACUAAGCUGACAAAUGUCGGGACAUUGACAUUCGACUACCAAGUCAUCAUGCCGUAUAACCAAAGGCCGUUGGAAAUCACUAAGUAUGAACCAUACUGGAAGUCAACUACUGGUACGGAUGUUGACCCCGGCAAAGAAGGACAACAAAUUGUUGCUUCUUCCCUAUCGGGAAGUUUUAUCACCGUUAUGGUACGUUGGCUGAGAGAUGGGACCAUUAUCGUUGCACGGCGGCCAUAUAUUGUUACGAACAAUGUCAAGAUUUUUCUCUGUGAUUUGACUCGACAGCAAUUGGAAGAGCUGCGCGGCUACAAACUCGAUGAUGUUAUGUUCAUUGACAACGAACAAACACUGAAAAAUUACUUAUCCACAAUGAUAUGCACAUUGAGUGAUCUCUUGGAAAAAGUACCACCAUCAAUUCAACUGGAAAUCCAAGUGUGCUUCCCAACCAAUUUAGAGAUUGACACUGUUCCUCUCAAUAUCAGCCCCUUACUUGACCUUAACAAAUUUGUUGAUCAAAUUCUUUUCCAUAUAUUCGAACAUGUGAGAAGGUUACGUCACUCAGGACAGAGUGUUCGUCCUGUUGUAUUCAGCUCCUGUAAUUGGCAAGCGUGCACAGUUUUGAAUUGGAAGCAGCCCAACUUUCCGGUCCUGUAUCAUAUGAAUGAUUUAAGAAAAGUUAACGAUCAAUUCGUUAGAGACACUCCUCACAAUCUAAAGGAUUUAGCACUAGAUCCCAGUAAAGUAACUUUUGCUGACGGUAGAUCCAAGUGCUUGCAUGAAAUCGUUUCGUUUGCUGUCAACAAUAACUUAUUGGGGAUCUCUUUGCCUUAUGAGCUGCUGACAAUUUGCAAAACGUUGAUAGAUGCCAUCCGUGGGCAUGGCCUCCUGUUGAUCGGUGCCCGUCUCCCCGGUGAUGAGGGUGCGCUCAACAGCGCUGGUGUCAAUGGAAUCCACAUGAGCUCCGAACUUGUAUUUUCUGAGAGCGUAGAGAUGUAA